AUGCCUUUGGGCGUGUUCGUUUUCUUGACGAAAGAGAACUUGCAUGUAAACAGUACAGAACUUGGUCUUGUAUUUUGUGGGUGGGUGGUUGUGUUUAUAGUAUUAAAGGUGGCGAAUUCUAGAGGCAAUAACGACCAACAUGCCGACGGACAGGGAGGACAAGGCAGUCGCGGUGGUGCUGGAGGUGGGAUAUUAGUGUCGGCGACAUCGUCAAUGCUGUUGCAGUUGGAUAGGGAGAGAGAGAUGUCGGUGAUGGUAUCGGCCUUGACGCAUGUGGUGGCCGGAGAUGAUGAUGAGGUGGCUACUGCUGCACCUGCAUGUGGGAAUUCUGAUUCAGGGACUAGUUCAUGGAGUAGUGUUGGAACUAAGAGAGGAAGAGAAAAAGAGGAAGGCGGCAGCGGCCGUGGCGGCACUCCCUUGUCCGAGUCGGUUACAAGGCUCUGUAGAGCUUUUGGUGAAUUUCCACAGCAGAUUCAGCGGCAAUCCUCUGCUUUUGGAGAAGGCUCAACCGUACGAACAAGGACAACAGAACCUACACAGACAGCGUUCCCUCCAACUCCAAUUAGUGCUUAUGUUUACAGUGCACCCGAAAUAGCAGAGCCAAUAAGGAGAAGAUACAGAGGAGUGAGACAAAGGCCGUGGGGCAAAUGGGCGGCUGAGAUUAGAGACCCCUUCAAGGCCGCAAGGGUGUGGCUCGGCACCUUCGAAACAGCCGAAGCCGCUGCCCAAGCCUACGACCAAGCUGCCCUCCGAUUCAGAGGCAAUAAGGCCAAACUCAACUUCCCAGAAAACGUCAGACUCCUGUUGUCAACCGCCGUUGCUCCGCCGACCCAGUUGACUCCUUCUGCUCCUCAAAAUACCCUUUUGUCCGUUGCCACAUCCAAUGAGUCGAUUGUUCACUCUCAUGCAUUCCAUUCAUCGGAAGAGGUGGCUUCUACCUCAAGAAAUCUUGUUAGCUAUUCUAUGUUGGCUGAUAUGCAGAGGCAACCCAUGAGCCUUUAUGAUCAAAUAGUUCUGUCAUCCUCUGCAUCUACAUCUGCUGUUGCUACUGCUUCUUCUUCUUCCCCUUCCUUUUCUUCGCCAUCACCGCCUCCUUUUUCUUCACUCUCGGUCAUCGCUUCUGCUGGACCAUCCAUAAGUCACAACAGUACUAGUGCUUCCGAUUUUCUGACGCAGCAAUGAUCUGGCUCUAUUCAGUAUACUACUCCAUCCUCAAGCUGAUUUCGUUAACAUCCUGCUAUUUAUUUUCUGUUCUUUUUUUACUUCUUUAACCACAUAUUUUUCCGUUAAUUUCGAAAUUUUUAUUGAGCUCGGAUUUGAAAUUAUUUCUUGUUAGAUGUAUUUACCAUUAGUACAAUCGUAUACGAAAAAAGUUUUUAUAAUUCAGAAAGGAAAAAAAACAGCAUUUGUAAUUAGGUUUA